CGCGUCUAGGUCGGGGACGCGAAGAGAGCUAGCUAGAAAGGCGAGAGCCGCCGAGAGCUGCUAGCGAGCCAGCGAUCGGAAGAACGAACGGGGCGCACGGCCCGGCUCCGAGCGCAGAGCGGCGGCGACGGCGGCGCCGUGCGGGACGGGGCGGGAAGGUGCGGGGUGGAGGGGCGGCCUGCGUUGCUCAAAAGCCAAAUCCUGAGCCCAAGUGCCCCCUCUCCCUCGGCAGCUCCAGUCCAACGAGAGCGAGCCCUGCUCCCGGAGAACCCAGAUGCCGGCCCACUUGCUACAGGAGGAGAUCUCUCCCUCCUACACCAUGACCACCACCACCACCAUCACAGCCCCUUCCCCCAGGUCCCUGCAGAACGGAGCAGCCCGGACGGCCCCCAAGACCCCCAUGGGGCAGGAAAAAGAAGAGAUCAACUAUGAGAUGAGAGAUGACAUGUUCGACCACACAUACCGGGAGAAGGAGGGCCCCAAGCCCAAAUUCGUCUACGUGUGGAGGAACAUCAUCCUCAUGGGCAUGCUGCACUUGGGAGCCAUCUACGGCUUCUUCCUGCUGCCUUCUACCCAAAUGUACACCCUGAUCUUUGGCUUUGCAUACUACCUGAUCAGCGCCCUGGGCAUCACUGCAGGAGCCCACCGCCUCUGGAGCCACAGAACCUACAAGGCACGCCUGCCCCUCAGAGUCUUUCUGACGAUCGCUAACACCAUGGCAUUCCAGAAUGACAUCUACGAGUGGGCUCGGGACCAUCGCGUCCAUCACAAGUUCUCUGAGACAGAUGCUGAUCCCCAUAAUGCCCGGCGGGGGUUUUUCUUCUCCCAUGUGGGCUGGCUGCUGGUCCGAAAGCACCCAGAUGUCAUUGAGAAGGGCCGUUUGCUUGACAUGUCUGAUCUGAAAGCUGAGAAGUUGCUGAUGUUCCAAAGGAGACACUACAAGCUCGGCAUCCUUCUCAUGUGUUUCGUCCUCCCCACGUUCAUCCCCUGGUACUUCUGGGGGGAGAGCUUUUCUCACAGCCUGUUUGUUGCCACCCUCCUACGUUAUGCUGUCGUGCUCAAUGCCACCUGGCUGGUGAACAGUGCCGCUCACAUGUAUGGCAGCCGACCCUAUGACAAAAACAUCAACCCCCGAGAGAAUAUCCUGGUGGCCCUUGGAGCUGCAGGUGAAGGCUUCCACAACUACCAUCACACCUUCCCAUAUGAUUACUCUGCUAGCGAGUACCGCUGGCACAUCAACUUUACUACGUUCUUCAUCGACUGCAUGUGUUUCCUCGGCUUGGCCUACGACCGAAAGAAAGUUUCCAAGGCAGCCAUCCUUGCCAGAUGCUCCAGAACUGGGGAAGGGAGUGCUAAGAGCGGCUGAGGCCUCCCUCCCCGCCCCCACCAAGCCAGCUGGGCAGAGGUCUAAUGUUCUGUUUAUUAACUACUGAAUAAUGCUACCAGAUGCUAAAGAUGAUGAUUUUUUUAACCCAUUCCAGUACAGUAUUCCUUUACAGUGCAAAUGUAUUGAAAGCCAACAACUCUGCCUUUGUGAAUGCCGAGAUGAUCUUGCUUUUCCUCUACUUCCUUCUUUCCUUCCCUCUUCUUCUUUCCUCUCCCACCUUCACUGGCUCCUCCUAGGCAAGCAGCUGGUGUGCCCUGGGCUGACUCUCUGCAGCUCACUCUUGGUAGACUUUGCCUCUCCCCUUAGCCAUUCUCUUCCUGAGCCCCCAGGGGUGAGGAGGAAACUUAGAAAGGAGUCGAGGCCACUUUCCCAGCUCCUCUGGGCCUGGCCUCAUUCCCUACCAGCUGGAGUGGAGGGUCAUUCUUCUUGCCUGCUGUUUCUUCCUAGAAACGGAGGCAGGGGCAAGGGAAGUAGCAUGCCUACUCUGAUUUGGGGGAAGAGUGUAAGAAGGAAGGACAGGUUCUCUGCCAGCCCAUCCUGCCAGCCCACUUCCCAACAAAGUGGACUUGCUCUCUGUCCCGAUGGCCCCCCAGUGGGGCCUGACUGGGAAACCUGGGCUGGAGGGAUGCUAAACCACCUUGUGAGGCUUCCAUAAGCUUAGGGCAUGGAAGCAUUAAGCACACCUUGGGAACCAAAAGACAAGCCUCUAGUUCCUAAUGAAAUUGGCCUGACCUAGGAGAGACUGGGGAAAACAUGAACUCACAUGGAAAAUGGAAAACAGAUAAACAAACCAACCUCAAGCGACGCCCCCCCCAUCCCUUCCCCUCCUCCUCCACGCAGGAGCUUUGGGAAAAGAGGGGGAAGAAUGAGUGUGAUGGCUCCUGCUCUGCACUGCGGAGCAGGAGCCAAAGAAGCUACGGGCAGGGUCCUGAGAGCUUCCCUUAGAGGGGAAGGGGCAGAGCCUGGGUUCCAAAGGCUACUGAGCAGUUUCCGAGGGGCAUCCCAGUUGGAAAGCUGGCCAUACAGAAUAGGUCAAGUGUGAAACAUCUCAGAUCCUUCCUCUCCCUAUAGAAAGUAGAUACCAAAAUUGUAGGUAGGUUCACGAAGGUCCCUUCUGUAGCAUUUGCAUCCUGCCCUUCUUCCCCCGCCUGCCUAUUCUCUUAGAGCCUCAGACUCUCUUAGACCUUCUAGAGCCUCCCGACUUGCCUGGAUGGGCACAAUAGGAAUUUUUGAGCUAACCCUUGCCUUCCCCUUGUCUCUGCUUCAUCUGGCCUCACUUUCCCCAUCUGUCUCUGAGCAGGCAGCUGCCUUGGCUGGAAUUGCUCAGGGCCACAGAGUGCCGCCGGUUUUCCCUCUGUAAUGUGGCUGCCCCAUUCAGUUGCCCUGCAUAGCUUCUUCCUUCCCUCACUGCCCUGCUGUCCUGCUGACUCUAGGGAGAGCUGGCAAACCUGCUGGGGAACAUCCCAGGGUCAGAUGGAAGCUCAGCUAAUCCCCAGCUAAAUGCUCAUGUCAUCCCAGUGAGCCAGCCACUGGGGAGGGAGAAGGGUUUGGGUUUUUUUUUUUUUUCCCUCAGCACGCUGGGUGUUCCCUGUUAACUGUGCCAGCCAAGCCCAGGGCUGCUGAGUGGCAGAGGGCUCCUAGCUCGAUUGGGGGGGACCGAGUGGACUGUCUAGAUUGGAAAAGAAGUCAUUGCAAGAUCCCACUCUCCCUUCUCACUUGCUAGAGCUGCUGCUGUAAGGGCCACAUGACCAAUUUUUUUUGCCCAGCUGGCUUUUAGGGCAUGUUCCCACCACGUAGCCAGGAAGACCCACCACCAGGCCUUGAGCGAUCUCAAAAGCCCCCCUUCCCUUGCACUCCCCUGGCUUUGCUGCUGUCUUACUGGGAAUGCCAGCCCCUGGUUGGGGCAGGGAUGGGAGAGGGCAGCUUGCUUUCUGACUGGGUUCUAAAGAACCAGACCUGGGCAGGAGAUUCAGACUGGCCCAGAAACCCAGCCUUCAGCUGUUCCUCUUCAAUAGAAAAGAAAUAGAAAUGUCCGUGUUUAAUUUAGAUCUGCUGCCUGUGCGGACCUACCUAAAAAGAGAGGUCUGUGGGGUAGUUUAAUUCCACAGGACAUCACAAAAUAAGUACAGUGAACAAACAGCUGGUCUCUUCCAGUGCUGUUCAGUGGAGACCCAAACUCUGACCCUACACGGGGCCAGAUGGAGUCCUGGCAUCUUGUCUGGACUGUCAGGGGAAGGAACACUGAGAAGAUGACAAAGCUCAAAGUGAAGGAACACAUUGAAAACCAACCAACCAAUUUAAAUGGACUCAGGACUGACAGAGCCUGAAUUCCCAUUACUCCUUGCUCUGUGGGCAGGCUAACCAAUUCCUCUGGGUGCCUUCUGUGGGUUCUAAUCAGUAUUGAGGGUGAGUCUGCCUCCCCUCCCAUCUCUGCAGCUUUCUUUGCAGCCUCUCUGACCAGAGAGAGCCCUGGAUGGGAGAGCCGAGAACCAGACCCAGCAGGAGAAUUUUCAACGUGUAGGACUGCAUUUCUGUGUUUCAGUUUGGGGGAAAAAAUUGUUUUUUGUUUUGGGGUUUUUUUUCCGGGGGCUUUCUUAUUAAGGGGCCCGCAUUGAAUGGCGGGUGGAAGUGAUUUGAAUGUAUUUGAUUUGGGGAUUUUGGGGGUUUUGUUUUGUUUUUAGAUUAAAAGGUUGCAGCAUUUAAAAUAGAAACUUUCCCCUUGGUUUGCUUGUAUCCUGAAAGUUCUCUUCAAAAGUUCAGCUCACACAAACCAGAGCAAGACGUUGAAGGAAAUAAGAUGGAUGUUACUGGAGUGGUUUAGGGAAGGGGGGCUCCCCUCUGAGCUCUGCCGCUGACUUGCUGUGUGACCCUGGGCAAGUCACUUAACUAUCUGUGCCUCAGUUUCCCUGUCUGCUAAAAAUAGGGAUAAUAAUACUGACCUACCUCACAGGGCAGUUGUGAGGCGGGACUAAUGUUUGUAAAGCACCUUGCUGAUGCUUCUUCAGCCGAGGGAGCCUGGCUCAGAAUAAAGAUGGAGUGGCUGAACUGAGCAUGUUGGGAAGGAGGUGGAUGGCCGGGGGGGAGGGGAAGCUGGAGAGCACAGCAACUCUGUUGCUAUGGAAACAUGAGCAGGAUACCUUUUCCUGGGUUGGGAAUAUUUUCCUUUAUUUUGGAUCGUAGUAUCUGUGACCUGCGAAGAAUAAUUUUGGAAUAAUUUCUAUUAAUAUUGACUCUGAAGUCGUUUACUGAUCUGAGAUUGUGUUUGUUCAUAAUAAAAGUGAAGUGAAUCCGAA